AUGUCCGGAGCUGCCAAGCGUCUCCAAGGGAUUAGCCAGCAACUGGUGGACGGCAUUCCCGAUGCAGGCACAUUCGAGGGGAUCCCUAAGGUUCGACAAGUUGCACAGGACUCAGUUGGCCCCCGUAUCAAGGAUAAGGUUGUAAUCAUAACAGGAGCCAACUCCCCCGCGGGCAUCGGCCGUGCAAGCGCACAUCAGUACGCACACAAUGGGGCCAAAGCUGUCUACCUCUGUGAUUACGACCACUCACACCUGGCAACUCACAAGCGUGAAAUUGAAUCUCUGUACCCAGGUGUCGAUACCCACAUCCGUCAGUUCGACGCGGCCGAUGAAGUGGCUGUGAAAGCCGUGAUUGACGAUGCGCUUCAGCAAUAUGGCCGGCUCGAUAUUUUCUUUGCAAAUGCAGGAAUCGUGGGUCAGCCGAAGGCGUUUACGGACAUCUCUGGGGAGGACUUUAUGAAGACACUGAAGACAAAUACGCUUGGUGUGUUUCUGGCCGUUAAGCAUGCGGCCAGCGCUAUGAAACAGACUUCGGAUUCGAAGCCGUAUCCCUCAGGUUCAAUCAUUUGUACUGCGUCAGUUGCCGGCCUGCGCUCUAAUGCCGGCUCGACUGAUUACUCUGCCUCGAAAGCAGCUGUCGUUUCUAUCGCUCAGACCUGCGCAUACCAAUUAGCGGGCACUGGUAUACGCAUCAAUGCUAUCUGCCCUGGUUUGAUCGAAACAGGCAUGACACAGUCUGUGUUCGACGCCGCCCGUGCCCGAGGCACGCAGCGCAAGAUCGGACAGCUGAACCCCUUGCAGCGAGGUGCUGUUGCUGACGAGGUUGCUCGGGUAGCUCUUUUCCUGGGAAGUGACGAGAGCAGCUAUGUCAAUGGACAGGCAUGGGCUGUUUGCGGCGGAUUGAGUGCGGGACACCCAUUCGUGCCCGGCAAACUGGCUUAA